AUGUCGUCAUCAAUCGAAACUCUCCUAGAAUGUGUUCGUCCCUUCUUGCGCGGCGAGUUCCAAUCCAUUGAUGAAAACCUCCCUUCGCUAAUUGGUGUCCUGCAGAGUGUGGGUGCUAGAGAGUACUGGCACAAACAUUGCAACUUCCUUCAGCACCUUGUCGACAUAUAUCGCAUUCUCAACCUCUGGAAAACCCCUCACUCCGUUUGCCUCUGCGACCUCUUCCACUUAGCCUACUCCAACUCCUAUGUCAAUCUCGCCAUCAUCGACCCUUCAAUUGGUCAUGAAGUGGUUCACCGCCAUGUGGGCCACGAAGCUGAGGCUCUGAUUCACUUGUUUUGUGUAGUUCCCAGGCAGCUCCUCAUCCACGACGAUCUUCUCUGCCAGUACUCCGAUAAGGAACUUGUGCAACACCUUGCUCAAUCAGAGAUAUCUCACUUAGAUAUAGGCAAGAGAGCUCUCACAAUUGUCGAGGACGAGGUCGUCCGCACUUUGGAGGUCAAGGUAGAGGACUAG